ACGCGCAUCGCUUGCCCCGCCCCUAACAUUUUGACAGACUUUUCUUAUAUAACGACCCGAAACUUUAGCGAUUUUACCCUCGCCUUCGUUAAUGGUAAACUGGUUUGCAAAAUAAAAAAAAGAAACAAGCAUGUCUGAAAGAGCUGUUCUGCACUACUUCAAUGGAAGGGGAAAGAUGGAAUCAAUCCGCUGGCUCCUGACAGUGGUGGAAGCUGAGUUUGAUGAGGUUUACCUGACGACGAGGGAACAGUAUGAAAAACUUCUGAAUGAUGGAUCGCUCAUGUUUCAGCAAGUUCCCCUGGUGGAAAUCGAUGGCAUGAAACUGGUUCAGACAAAAGCCAUUCUGCAUUACAUUGCAGAGAAGUACAACCUCCAUGGAAAAGAUAUUAAAGAGCGUGCAAUGGUCAACAUGUACGCAGAGGGAUUGAUUGAUCUUAUGGAGAUGAUAAUGAUGUUACCCUUUGUUGCUGACCCCAAACCAAAACUGGAAAACAUUGAGAGUAAAGCAAAAGAACGUUACCUCCCUGUGUUUGAGAAGGCCCUGACUGGACCCGUUUACCUGGUAGGAGGUAAACUAAGCUAUGCAGAUGUGCUCCUGCUGGAAUGCACUCUGAUGCUGGAGGAAAAGUUUACCGGCAUUCUUGGCGGCUUUCCCAAUGUCAAGUCAUUUCAGGGCAGAAUGAUCCAAAUUCCAGCUGUCAGCAGAUUUUUGCAGCCAGGCAGUAAGAGGAAGCCUCAGCCGGAUGAGAAGUACAAGAAGACCGUUAUGGAAGUGUUCAAAAUCACUGGUCCGUUGGCCCCUUAAGAACUACUCAAGGCCCGCUACAUUCCACAAGUUAUUAGCAUGAUUGCCAGUAACUUAUCUCUGAUUAUGCCACUUUGAGGAGAAACAAGACUGUCUAACACGAAUAAGCCAAUCUGUGUAGUGUAAAAGCAUUUGUGUACUUUUUUUCUAACAGCAUAGAGGUGUUUAAUGUAAGAAUAUCAAUAAAAGUAUUUUUGUGCAACAGAA